UCUUUAUAUACACUAGCAAAGAAGACUUCAACAUUAUAACUGGAAUUAAGCUUGAAGAUAAACGUUAAUAUGAAGUCUGAAAUCGGAAAGACAGUGAUCUUAAUUGCACUAAUUGGCCUGUGUUCAGUUGGCCUUUCGAAAGCUGGCCAGAAAUGUAUGUACUGCAACAGAGCGGCGAAUGUCAGUGACUGUUCAACAAACAUUAUUGAGUGCUCAGAUGCAGAGGAAUGCUAUUUAGAGAAAAUCACAACACAGGAACUUAAAACUGCAUAUGUUGCUGGCUGUCGAUCACAAUCGGUAUGUGCACUGAUGCAAAGUUUAGGGAGCGGGCGGAAGCGAAGUGACUACACUAACUGUGUCGAGUGUUGUAACUCCGCACCAACCACUGAACAUGGACCUUGUAAUGCUAAUCUAUGUGGAGAAAAGGGUGUAUCAAAAUCUGGAUGCUUAGUUUGUGACGACCUUGUUAGAACGAAGGGAGGAUGCACAAACCGACAAGUGUGUCAAGAUACACAGGUCUGUGGCACCGCUAUUCACAUUGUUGGAGGGGAUGUACUUUACAGAUACUUCUGUGAGGAGAGGCAUAUAUGCGCAGCUGCCUUGCAGAACAACGUGAAUGGUCACAUCAUAGGAGCCGUGAACAAACGAGUCAACAGCGCUGAAAAUCAAGGCCUUGUCGUCUGCUCAGCUUGUUGCUUUGGCAACGAUUGUAAUCAAGAGGGCUGUUUAGAACUGAAGAAAAAGAAUAUCACUGUGGACAUGCUGGGGACUAGUCCUACUGUUUUGCCUACAGCUGGGUAAUAAGGGAUCCUCCCAUGUUGUCUUUACAGUGUCAAAGUAUUUUA